GUGAGAGAGGCUGGAAGCAGGUGCUGGUGGAGGAGUGAGGUGGCAAUUUCUCAUGCAUUGCUGGUUUCUGACAGACCAUAAAUCGAAUUGCUAAGACUGCAAAAAGGGAAAGGGACUGUUUGAAGGGGCAUAAUAAGAAAAAGGUUUAAACAUCCUCCUUCAUUUGCUUUUCAAAACAGCAGAUCAGCCCUUCUCAGGAAAGAGAAAGAAGAAGAAGAAAAAAGUUAAAAGAGGUGAACAGGAAAGUAGGUAUGUGAAGCUGUGAUCUGCAGGUCCACCACAGCCGUCACAUGAUGUGGAUUUCCUCUUUGACACAUUUAGCCGGCUGCACAGCGGGGCAGAGCCACACAAUCACUGAAGAGCUGCUGCAGCAGGACAUGAUGGUGCUUUGAGGACUAUUCUACCAUGCAAUCCACCAUGAAUGUCAAUGGACUUCAACGCCAGAGCAGCCAAGAGAAUUACAUUCUGGAUAAUACUCUGAGGAAGAAAAAUUCCCUGUGGUACCGGCGCUCACUGAGGGGAAACAAUGAUCGACACCGGCAGAACACAGGUUCUCUGCCCAGACCACGCAAGCCCAAACUAAGCCACUCCAACUCACUGGUUGAUUACUCUGAUCCACAAAGGACCACAAUUGUACUGGAAAAGCAAGACAAUGAAACAUUUGGUUUUGAAAUCCAGACCUAUGGCCUGCAGCUGAAAGACAGCUCUGCAGUGGAGAUGUGCACGUUUGUGCGCAAGGUGCAGGAGGACAGCGCUGCUGAGAGUGCUGGCCUGACAGCAGGAGAUAUUAUCGUCACUAUCAACGGGGUCAGCAUUGAAGGAUCAUCUCAUCAGCACAUACUUGAUCUGAUAAGACAAUCAACCAACAGUCUAAAGAUGGAGACUGUAUGUGGGAAUGUAGUGAAGCAGAUAGAGCUGGAGAAGAGGAUGAACCUGCUUAAGCAAACACUACGUGAGAAACUGGUGGAGCUGCAAGCACUUACAUCACAGGAAAAACGCCUAAUGCGAGGUAACUUGAACAACAGCAGCCUCCACCUCUCAAUGGACUGUUCAGCGAUUCUGAGCUCCCACACAAGCCGCUGUGGCCGGCGUUUUUCUAGUGACAGUAGCUACAGGAGCGUGAUGACAGAUGACAGUGACCAUGCCAGUGUGUUUGGGGAUCUGAACUCUCCCAGCCCCUGCAGCGCAGCCAGCACCACAGAUGAUGGCUGCUUCUUCUCCGGAGAUUUUCCUUCACAGGACAGCUCCAGCAGGUUUUCAUCGAGCUCCAGCCAUCAUCAUCAAUCCCUCAGCCGCUCCAGCAGCUCCAGUUUGGCCGGCAGCAGCUGCUCCCUCUCUCCUUCGUGGGAGGAAACAAGGAUCUCCUCCUUGUUUGGUACCCUGCCCCGUAAAAGCAGGAGAGCCAGUGUUCGCAAACACAUCUUCAAGUUAAUUCCUGGACUCCAGCGAUCAGUUGAAGAGGAGGAGACGGGAACAAACACUUAGUGACAUGUUGUUUACAUGCUCCUCAUGUCUACUUGAUCAUGAGGGCUAACAAGGUUUCUUGUGCUCUGAACAGGUUGCAGAAAGAAAUAGACACUGUAAUGAAGUGUUUCCCCACACGUAGCUUAAUAGGUUGGGUUAACAAUUUAAAAACAUUCGCUUUAAUGGGAGCACAGAGAUGACAGACAUUGUGGCACUUGGCAUUUGUCAAUGUCAAAGUUUAUAUCAAGAGGGUCCUGAGCCUAUAAGGUGAGCCUGGCUCGCUUAGACUUGUGGUGGCACAAAAGCAUUAAGAAAAUGUAAAAUGUUCUCUCUUUGAACAAGUGUUUGAAUAAAUGUGUGCAUACAAGAUUGUAGCCUAAUGUAUGAUAGAUGAGAUUAUGUAUCCUACUAGCUUGAAUGAAGAACUAAAAUGUUCUUUUCCCACGCCAUGAUCAGUGUGAUCAGCAUUAAUCAUCAGUCUGAACUGCAGUAGCUGUAUUCAUGUAGCACCUUGAAUUGUAAAAUGAGAUUAUAGUGACUUAAAUUACAUGAGAACCAUUAAUUUUUCAGAUAAACAUUUCAUAGGUACUUCUGUCAUGUUUAGGUGCUGAAAACCAAAACCAAAGCUUUACUCUGUAUAGAUGGCUGCUCAGCUCAAAACAGGAUGUGGGUACAAGAGGUGCUACUUAACAUUUUCAUUUUACAAAAUCGUUUUCAGGCUGUAUACUAUUUGCUUGAACCCUGAAACUCCUUGUAAAUUCUGAAUAUACUGACAUUUGUGUGAAUCGCUUUCAGUGGUAAGAAAAUACAACUUUUUAGAGAAUGUCAUGCUCUAUUUUUUGGUAUCAAAUCAAGAUUAUAUGUAUGCAAAAUAUUUUUUAACAAAAUAAUAAACUUUCUUACAAACCCA